AUGACUGAACCGGUACGUAGAGAACUGCGAAUUUCCCAUCCACCGUUGGAGCCGAUUGUCCGCGAUGGCAAGAUCCGUGAGCAAAUCGAACUGGAGAGCAAGGGCCGCCGGGAGUACCUGAAAAAGUGGGGCUACAUCACGAAACCCGAAACGACCGAGUUCUACGAUCUGAAGCGUAACAACCAGAAGCUGCGAGAGAUCCAGCAGGCCCGCAACCAGAACGUGAAUCUGCGCGAGUACGACGGCCACGGGGAGUCGUUCUUCGUGUCGCGGCAGAUGUUUAAAACCCUGCUCGACACGUGCCGGUGUGGCCGGAAACGCACCAACACCCACGCGCUCAAGUGCCUGCAGAAGCCGAAAAAUACGUACGAGAAGACGGACGACGAGGAGGAGGAUGAGGAAGCCGAACGGCAGCGCCGGAAGAGCGAGCGGCGUGGAACGAGCGGAGUUAGCGGGAGUCGUCCUUCUGGGGGUGGAGCUGAUGCCGAUGCGGGAGAGAAAACCGUCAGCAGCUACAUACCGAAGGUGCCGACGCUGAGUUCAGGAAUGUACGGUUGGCCGCAUAAUCGCUUCGUCGCGAUGGAGAAAACAACCUACUACAUCUCGCCCCGGUACACGAUGCCCGGACACCGGAUUGUCGAUUGCCAACCGUAUAACAACAUUAUCCUUGGAUAG